GGAAGGCACUGGGAAAUUUUUAUUGGAUUUUAUUUCUUGAUUUAAAGAAAGACAAAAACCCCAAACCUGUCCUAGACUAAUAAAAAACCUAAAAGGGGCAGGGCUCGGGAGCCCCCAGGCACCCCCGGCACGGGGGAGUGCGUGUGUGGUGUGCGUGUGUGCGGGGGGCCCCCCGCCGCCCCCCGCCGCACCGCACCGCAGCGUGCGGGCGCUGAGCGCGAUGCGCCCCGGGCUGAGCUCUGCGGAAUAGCGCUGCCGCCGCUCGCCGUCCGCGGGCUGGGGGCGGACGGACCCGACCGCUGGCAAUCCCCUAUUGAUGUCCAUGAAUGCAAACACCAUGAUUUUCAUGAUCCUGGGCGCCUCUGUCGUUAUGAGUUGACCAGAUGCCUUGGUUGUGGGCUCUUACAGGCAAUAGCUUGCUUGAUGGACAUGAAUGCGUUGCUGGACAGAUUCCACAAUUACAUCCUACCGCACCUCAGAGGGGAGGACCGAGUUUGUCACUGCAACUGUGGAAGGCAUCACGUCCACUACGUUAUUCCAUAUGAUGGGGAUCAGUCAGUGGUGGACUCCUCGGAGAACUACUUUGUGACUGACAAUGUAACCAAGCAAGAGAUUGAUCUGAUGCUGGGACUUUUGCUGGGCUUUUGUAUAAGCUGGUUUCUGGUGUGGAUGGAUGGGGUCCUGCACUACGCCGUGCGAGCCUGGAGGACCAGCCGACGGUAUGACAACUCCUGGUCUUGGAUCCCCAAGUUCUGUAACUUGAAGGAGCUGAGGAAACGGCACCACCGGCAGUACGAGGAGGCGACUGGCAACAUGGUGCACAUCAAACAGAAGCUGUACCACAAUGGGCACCCCAGCCCACGGCACCUCUGAGGAAUGCCCUCCCCCUCCAGGGACUGCAGCCAGCUGCUACAGAUGAGGACUUCUGCUCUUCUUUGCUGGUUUGCUCCUGCGUGGAAGCCAGCUGAGGACACCACUUGGCUGACCCCAGCCUCUCUGUGUGUGCUCUGUGUGUGUGUGCCCCCUGUGGGCAAGCCACCAUGCACCUCUAUGCCAGUCCUGGAUGCUAGGGGCAGCCAAGACAUUGCACUGUGGUCCACAUUUUAUUGUCAGACUUGUGUAUAUAUGUAAAAACAAACCCACCCCAAAACCUCCAAACCCAACCCCCCAACCCCCAGACAAACAACAGGAAAAAACAACAACAACAACAAAAAAAAAGAGAGAGAUUUGCAUUAUACUUUCAACCCCCCCCCCCCUCCUUUUCCUGCCAUCCCUGCACAUCCAGCUGCCCUCCAGGGAAUGCUGGCCAGGGGUAUGGAAGUGGGACAAGAAGAAGAAGAUGCAGAGAAUGUCUCCUCCAAGAGCUGGAGUUCCCUUCCCCA